AUGCCCGGUAUCGCUCGCAAGAUCAUCAUCUGCGCCGCGGUCGACGGCCUUAUCAUACAACCAUUUGUGACCAAAGGACAGCGCCCUGCGCAGCCGGUCAGGAUCAAAUAUGGCGACGCAUCAAUAAGUUCUGCUCCGCGAGAGCAAAUUCCCGACCUUUCUCAGCCAAAUUCUUCCUUCGAGGCCUUCGGCGUUAUAGGUUUGAUCACAGUUUCCCGUCUCAGCUAUCUUAUCACGAUCACUCGGCGCCAGCAAGUGGCGCAAAUCUGCGGUUUUCCGAUCUAUGUCGUCACCGAAGUCGCCAUUACCCCAUGCGCAUCGCAACAAGAAGCUGGAGAAGCUAUCGCCAAGACAGCCCUAGAGCUUCAAGAUCGCACCACAGACAAGGACGCCAACGAUAGCGACAGCGAUGACUAUGUCGAGCUUCCGGCAAGCGGGGAUGAAGUCGAAGACCCUGCGCAAGAAGCUAAAGCCGACAGCGACAAGGAUCUCGAGACUGUAAAGAGUACUGUAGCGAAAGAUGUUAUCGGCAGGAGAGGAAGCUACGGGAGGUUCGCGCAGACCUGGUUCAGCAAGAGCGGAUGGACGCAGGAUCAGAAGAGAUCAGCAGGCUGGAGCGGAGCCGCGCACCAAGUACGACGGUCCGUUGACCACAGUCCAGUCAAGAAUGCUCCUCCGCGGCCAUCUGUUGACGAGGUUAACGAACCAACAACGGCAUCCACACUUCUGCCGAAGCUUCUGCGGAUGACCCAGAUCUUUUACGGCUCAUCUAGAAGCUUCUUCUUUUCUUACGACUUCGAUAUCACGCGGCGUUGGUCGAGUCGUUCCCAUGCUCAAUCCGAUGAGAUACCUCUUCAUGAGCGCGUGGACCCGAUGUUCUUCUGGAACAAGAACACAUUAAAGCCAUUUACGGAGGCUGGAGAGGAUGCUUUGUUGCUUCCGCUCAUGCAGGGCUUCGUUUCUCAGAAGAGCUUCGUAGUAGAUAGCAGCCCUCCUCAACACGACGAAGGUCUCGGGGAUUCCGUGGAGCUAUCGACCAUGAGACAGCCCGAAGCUGAACCAUCUUCACCCUCACCGGAAGCAGUCCGUGACUCGAUCGAUCUGCGCUCUACCGAAAAGAAGUUUUUGUUGACAAUAAUCUCGCGGCGUUCGACACAGAGGGCUGGUCUCAGAUACUUGAGACGAGGCAUCGAUGAGCAGGGUUAUGUUGCCAAUGCGGUUGAAACUGAGCAGAUUCUUUCGAGCACUUCCUGGGACAAGCCUUCAAAGAUUUACUCCUUUCUUCAAAUCCGGGGCAGCAUUCCGCUAUUCUUCACACAGUCGCCGGUCUCUCUCAAACCUGCGCCAGUCAUUCAGCACUCGCCCGAAGCCAACUAUACUGCAACGAAAAAGCACCUAGAGCGGCUGAAGUCAGAAUAUGGGCUUUUGCAGAUUGUCAAUCUCGUUGAGAAACAUGGCGUAGAAGCAACUGUCGGCAAUCAGUAUGAAAAGACAGUGCAGCGGUUGAACGAGGAAGAAGCGAAAGACCAAGAUGACACCGUCGGCUUUGAAUGGUUUGAUUUCCAUUCAGCUUGCAAGGGAAUGAAAUUUGAGAACGUCAGCCAGCUCCUCGAUACUCUCCGCGACAAAUUGGAAGGUUUCGGAAGCACCGUGGAAGAGGCUGGUCAAAUCACUGCAAUACAACAUGGCGUCUUGCGCACAAACUGUAUGGACUGCCUCGACAGGACAAACGUGUGCCAGAGCUCGUUUGGAAAAUUCAUGCUCGAGUCUCAGUUGAAAGCUGAAGGCUAUGAUCUUGCCGCUCAAGUCGACCAGCAAACGCAGUGGUUCAACACGCUCUGGGCAGACAAUGGUGAUGCUGUGUCGAAGCAGUAUGCAUCUACUGCGGCCAUGAAGGGUGACUACACAAGAACGAAGAAGAGGAACCUUGGCGGCACAUUGAAUGAUCUUGGCCUUUCUUUGACCCGGUACUACAAUGGAAUGGUCAACGACUACUUCAGUCAAGCUGCCAUCGAUUUCCUUCUGGGCAACGUGAACUCCAUGGUCUUCCAAGAGUUCGAAGCUGAGAUGAUGACAAAAGACCCUGCUGUCUCGAUGCUGAAAAUGAGGGAGCAGGCUAUCGAGCUUUCUCAAAGGCGCGUCAUUUCUGACGAAAACGAAGAGUUCAUGGGUGGUUGGGUCCUCUUCAGCCCGCAUCAGUCCGACUCCUUGCGGGCCAUGCCCUUUGAGGAGGUGGUACUACUUCUAACGGAUGCUGCGUUAUAUCUCUGCCGAUUUGACUGGAACAUGGACAAGGUCUCUUCGUUUGAGCGGAUUGAUCUAGCCCACGUUGUCGGUAUCAAGUUUGGGACAUACAUCAUCUCGACAGUCUCUCCCGGGCAGACGGACGAGAUGAAGAAUGUUGGCUUCGUUGUGUCGUACCAACCAGGCAAGAACGACGUUACGAGGACGAAUACCAGGACCUUUUCGAACCUGGGCAUUGCAAAGACCAAGACGGAUGCGGCCCCUUCGGAGCAACAGCAGCAGAAGCAACAACAGCAACAGCCUCAGUCUGCCUUGAGCAGCUUGCUGGGUGGUGGGCGCCCCAAGGCGCCGCCAGUGCGCAAGCUCGCUUUCAAGGCCCCGUACUCUCAGUCAUCCGCCGCUGUGACGGGCGAAGAACCCAAGCUCAGCGAGAUCCAGCAGGUUGUCAGCAUUUGCGCAGACAUUGAGCGGCUGGCGUUCCUGAGUCAACCUGGCAAGGAGAAGCCGGGCACCGAGAGCAUAAUCGAGAAGGGCGAAAUCAUUUCGCUGGAGGAGGCGAGGCAAAGCACUGGGCUGCUGGACCACAUCAGCUACUCUCUGAAGAGGCUCGUCUGGGCAUGA